CAGUGGUGGACGGGGCAGCUGGCGGCCGACAUCCACCAAGCGCUGCGAUACAAGGAGCUGAAGCUGCCCUCCUACAAGGGCCAGUCUCCCCAGUUGCACCUGAGAAGAUACUUUGCGGAUCUCAUUGCCAUCGUGAGCAACCGUUUCAGGCUCUGUCCUGCAGCGCGACAUCUAGCCGUGUAUCUGCUGGACCUCUUCAUGGACCGUUACGACAUAUCCAUUCAGCAGCUGCAUGUGGUUGCCCUUUCCUGCCUACUUUUAGCAAGUAAAUUUGAAGAAAAGGAAGACAGUGUUCCCAAACUUGAACAGUUGAACAGCUUGGGUUGUAUGACUAACAUGAACCUGGUACUAACCAAACAGAACUUACUUCAUAUGGAGUUGUUGUUGCUAGAAACAUUUCAGUGGAAUUUGUGCCUCCCAACUGCUGCUCAUUUCAUCGACUAUUAUCUUUCUAUUGCUGUCCACGAGACUGAUCUGCAUGAUGGCUGGCCAAUGGUUUGCUUAGAGAAGACCAAGUUAUAUAUGGCAAAAUAUGCCGAUUACUUUCUGGAAGUAUCACUGCAAGAUCAUGCAUUUUUAAGUUAUGCCCCUUCUUUAGUUGCUACUGCAUGUGUAGCUUCUUCCAGGAUUAUCUUGCGUCUCUCACCAACAUGGCCUACUCGACUACAUCAUCUUACUGCAUAUUCCUGGGAUUUCUUAGUGCCGUGUAUUGAACGACUGUUAAUUGCGCACGAUAAUGAUGUGAAGGAAGCAAACAAGCAAAAAGGACCACAUGCCCAGGCUGCUGCACACCCCGGCUUCCAGCCACCAGCUCCAAGCCCCCAGCAGACGAGUGUCCAGCACCAUAUUCCGCAGUAUCUCCAGGCUCAUCAGCCUUCAUUACAGUAUCACCAGCAAACAUCACAGCAGCAAAGCUGCCAACAGAUACUAUCAGCAAAUCCUACAUCAUCCUACCCGCUGCAGACUUGCCCUGCUGCCUUACAGGCCAGUGCUCAGGCCCGAGGCCACGUGCCGGCCACGGCGGCCGUGGCGCUGGCCGUGCCACUGGAGGUGAAGCCCUGCGUGAGCAUCUCCUACAACCGCAGCUACCACGCGAACGGACGAUACUCCUGUAUCACUCCCUGCUUUGAGAGGUGAUAAGUACAAAAUCGGGUUGGUGCUCCUUGGUUUGGGGUGGGAAACCGCGUUGAGGGGAAUUGUUUUGGUUUUUGUUAAACCUCUAUUAAGUCUGAGGGCAAUAAGUUGGAGAAAAAUGGUGCCUUUCCAGGGAAAGGCAACUGGAAUGGCAACCAGUACCUUAGCUCAGAUACAGACUGCGAAGAAUAAGCACACAGAACACCCUCUAGAAAGAAUGGAGGUAUCUGGGCAGCAGUAAGUUCUCACUCUGGCACUCGGGAUACUCUGUGCUUCUAACACACCUUUGAAGUCAACAGAAAAACGGCUGUGGACUAACUGCAGGUUUAUCUUUUAAUGAAGGAGAUGCGCAGUAUUAUUUUGAAGACAUUUAUGUAACACCACCAUACAGUAUUAACAGUUACUUUAAAUUUACCAAAACAUGAAAAUCCAAUGAAAUGCCAGACUUCCCCAUAUACAUGGGGACCACAGGAAGACAGAAACCUCUCUUGGAUAACUCCGUACUCUUGCCCUCCCCUCUGCCCCCUUUAUCUUUUUUUUCAGCUCUUUGAUAUGUGCUUUAGACUAAGGCAUUUGAAUUAACUGGUGUUUUGGCUACUUUUAAGUUUUGUACCUCACAGGAUAGACACUAUGUUCUCCCUUCUUUUCUCCUCCCUGUCCUUUUUAUGUUUAAAGUUAACUCUUUCAUACUAACUCAGGGAAUUUUCUACUCAUUACUCUGUGCUGCUGGUUUGUAUGCUUAAUUGGGUAUAAUAUGAGGGAGGAGGGUAGAGAGGGAAGAGGGUAUAGGACAAGUGAACUGGGUUUUCUUCAGGGCAUCUAUAUGCAGAGUACCAAAGGGACACGACAGUGUUCACAAACUGUAAAUGUGAACUACUGGCCAGCAGUGUGUUGUGGAGAAACUGCAGGAAAGAGAGUUUCAGCUGAACUGUUACUGUACCAGAACUGCUGCAGUGGCUGUGACUUGUCUGUACUAUUAAACACACACACACACACACACACACACACGAAAACAUCCUCUGAUUUUUACUAGCAGUAUGGACUGUACCAAAAAAAAAAAAAGUACAGUUAAACACUUGGAGAAAUUCAUUUUUGUAUCAGUCUUAUAGUGGAAGAAAAUUCUCAGGUAAUAGUAGGGCAGCUUCUUCUGCUAUUUUCAAGUUCCAUAAAAAAAUGCAGAUUUACCCUUCUAAAUGGGUGGAUCAAAAAUGUAUUCCAGAGUGAAUUGCUUAAUCACAAUUAAGGUGCUAAUUACAUAAAUUUAUGAAAUUACACUAUCUCCUGUGGAGUGGAUAGUCUGAGGGUAGCAAAUUUCACUCAUCCAACUCUUGGAUGAAGAUGGUGGUAAAGAUAGUAAAGAUAUCUUCCCUUUUUUAUAUAUACAAAUAUAUGUGAUAGUUGCCUUGCUCCUGUGGUAGGAUAUGGCAUAAAUGACAGGAUUCCUGUGACCUUAAAAUAUGAUUGUAGGAUGUGGGCUUAAGACUGUCUUGUUUGUUCUUUUACCACCUCCUUUUCCUCUGUCUUAGUGGCAGCACUUAAAAUUGUGCAUCAUCUAACCAAAGUGCUGCCUUGCCAGCAUUACAAAGGCUGUUUUGAAAGUAGAGGCAAUUAAGAUGUUUGUUACCACUGUUAAGAUGACGGCUCUAUCACAGAAGAGGACUUCCCAUAAUUUUUAAAGGUGACAGAAGACAGAUGGCUGUUCUUUCUAGAGCUGAAUGAUUACAUGCUACCAAAAAAAAAAAAAAAAAAAACUUUAUUUUGGAGGAGAAGAAAUCCUGUUUCUGUUUUGUCUUAGGAUAAAUCCCAAUUUCUGUUGUGGAUUUUUGUAGCAGAUGUGCGCAAGUCAAGUGAUCAAGGGAUAGGAGGGUGAAUGAGAGAUGACCCUCUCUGCUUUAUUCUUUCAUACAGGCAUAGUGUGCUCAAUUCCUCCUCUCAGUGAAGUUUUUGGGGGGUUGUUGUUGCUGGUUUUUUGUUUUUGUUUUUUUUUCCCUCUAUCUCUUCUCCCCGUUCCUGUGUCUUCAUGACUGUUUCCCAGUGUCUGAGAGUAGUGUUAAGUAGAGACUUUCCACUGCCCAGGAUGCCAUGCUUCUAAUUCAGAAGAGUUACCCCUUUGAAAGGUCAGGUUCAAUGUUGUUGCAAUACUAUAUCCAAGUCUUCAGUGCUCUAACUACCUCUGAUGCUAUGAAUGUACAGUCUUGUAAUAGACCAUGACUUGAAAUAACAGCAGAUGCCUGUAGCGUUCUUCUCUGUAAAAUUCUGAAAUUGGCUAACUUGUCAUCUUUAUUUGUGAUGCAGCAGUAUAGGCUUUUCUUUGGAGUAUUAGUAAAUUUAUCCCCUAGUCUUUUGAUUAUAUUAACUAAUACUUAACACUGGAAUUGUAAGGGGCAGGGGGACUAUUCAGUUAGUUAAUACUGCAAAUAUGCAUUUAAUAGGGUAUUUUUAUUUUACUAUUUUAAGACUCUAGGUUAACUGUUGAAAGACCCACUACUUUUAAUUUAUUAUUUAGUCUGUUUUCUGACACUACAGCUUCAUGAUGAUUAUGGAGAAAAUGUACACUGAACCGUUUCAAUAUUAUUUAAAAGAGCUUUACAAGUG